CACUCAGCUUGUUCCCAUUUUGUACCAUGCCUAGAGGAAACAGAGGCGGAUCAUACCCAAAACGUGGCCAUCAACAGCAAUAUCGGGGCCGAGGUCGUGGUCGUGGUGGCCGAGGACGUGGCCGUGGACAAGCUCGUGGUGGAGGACGAGGUCGCAACCGUCAGUUAUUCCCUACCGCUGUGGGUUAUGUGUAUCAACCCACCUCCACCUAUGAAGACGACGAUUUGGAAGACGAUUUCCGUAUUUUUGGCCAGUUUACCAGUGAUGAAGAAUCAGAAACUGACGACGACAUGCAAGUCUACAAAUCAAAGAGUAAAAAACGACAUGCAAAGACCAAACGCCGAGUUUUGGAUCAUCGGCCUUUUGUUCCCGCAUCGAAUACGGUCGUUAAUGAAGAAAGUGUUGUGCUGGAAGAGGAAUUCUCUCGGUUAGGUUUGGGCGCUUCAUCUUCCGCUGCUGCGCAACCGUGCCGCAGUAAAAAUGGAUCUCAGUCCACCAGCUACAAGACAACCAUUGCUUUCACUCGAUCAUCUGUGGGUUUGAAUAUGGAUCCUCCUGAACAAUUGGCAGAGAAGGAUCGGGAGUCUCCAACGGUAUCGUCAGCCAAUGUUGUAACCAGCAACAUCGCUCAAAACAAAAGCAUCAUCUCCUCGAAUACCACCAGUGAUCAGCACAACCAAGACAAUAACUCGGUCAAAGACUUAUUAUGCGAUAACGAAUCAUGCACAGAAGAAGGUGGUGAUCAGUUACUGGAUGCGAAUCGAUUUUCCAAAGAUAAUCGCCACCUGGAUUCAUUGUCAGAUGAGGAAGAGGAGGACGACGACGACGACGAUGCCGAAUUUGAUGAGGAUGAUUUUGACGAAGAAGAUGAUUUGGAACUCAUGCGUGAUUACAUUGAGAAUAUCACCUUGGACGAUGAGGAAAUUGCGCGUAUUCUGAGCCGCUCAGAGGAUGAUCCCUGGGUCAUGGAUCAUUUUGACGAUGAUGCCGAAGAUGAUUUAGAGGAAGAGGAACGUUUAUUGCUUCAAGAAGGCGAGUAUGACAGUGACGAGCUGAUGGAACUGGAAGACGCCGAUUUUGAUCCCGAGGAUGCGGAAAUAUCGAUUGACGCUUUCCGUCAGUCGCUCCAAAAUGCGAUGAAUGAUGUUCCUCCCAGCCUCAAGCCUGGCAUGCGGAACUGGAUUUCUCAUGAGAAAAAGAAUGACAAAAAGAUGCAAAAAAAGAAGCAAAGAGCCGAAAAGAAGCAAAAACGACUAGAGCGAAAACUCGAGAAAAAGAACAAAAAAGACAGCAACAAUUAUGUAUCUUUGGAAAAGAUUGAUGCACGGAUAUUGGCAUUUUUGGAUGAUGAUACUAUCACAAGUUACCAAUUUGCACCAAUGAAUAAGAACUGCAGGCGGCAUCUUCAUUUGCUGGCAAGUGCCUACAACUUGAAAUCUUCCAGUAUUGGUACAGGAGUAGAAAGGAGCCCUGUCAUUAGCAAAACCGAGCGUACCUUUAUACCCACGGACCGACGCUAUAUCAACCGAUUUAUCCAAUCGGCCCAGGACACGUUAGCCGACCAACGACGCAUAAGCGAGAAAACCAACGCCAAAUCGUAUCUAGCAUUUAACAACGACGGUCGCCGCGGAAAGAAUGGCAAGAAAAAGGAUAAAUCGAAAUCCGAUGCAAAGAAAAAGAAGAAAGACGAUACGAAAGCUCCUGCCGGUCCAGCUCACGGUACGGUGGUGGGUGCUGGCGUGGCACCUAUUGAUGAAGGCAACCGUGGUCACCGUAUGCUUGCCGCCAUGGGGUGGAGACAAGGAGAUGCUCUUGGUGUAAACAAUACGGGCAUUACUGCACCGAUUGAAGCGGUGAUCCGUAAGAAGAACCUAGGCUUAGGAUCGUAAUCAAGUUCCCUUCUGGUUUAUACCGUGACCAAUGGGCCCAUCCUUGCCGUUAAGCAGAAGAAGACUAGUUCUUUAUUUUUGAUUUUGAGGAUCGACUGGUCUUGAUCGAUGACAGCAUCCAGAGAAUGUAGAAGGACUUGAAACAAUUUUUUGUUUUUGUGGCAAGGAGUUCUUGGCAACCUCUUUUAAAAAAAUAUACAUGUGUCUGUCAUGCGAUGGCCGAGGCCAAAGCUUUGGUUUCGCAAGUCUGAAUGGGCAGUUUUGACCUUCAUUGAAUAUGUUUUUAUUUGAUUUAUGUGACAUGCAUCAUUGUU